AUGCGGCUCUUCAGGGCUUCUCCAUCCACAGCUCGGCACCUGUACCUCCGCGGCGGUGCUGGAGUAGGCUCCAUGACCAAGAUCUACGGGGGCCGCCAGCGCAAUGGCGUGAUGCCCAGCCACUUCAGCCGCGGUUCCAAGAGUGUUGCGAGGAGAGUCCUUCAAGCUCUGGAAGGGCUCAAGAUGGUGGAGAAAGACCAGGACGGAGGUCGCAAACUGACUCCGCAGGGGCAGAGAGAUCUGGACAGGAUUGCUGGACAGGUGGCAGCCGCAAGCAAGAAACAUUAAAAUGAGCUGCCGUUGAAAAAUAAAAAUUCCUUGUUUACUGAC